CUAUACCUAUCUAUCUUCUAUAUCCAUACAUAUAUAAAAAGAAAGAAAGGAAAAAAAAAGAAACUUGAUCCAAAUCCAAUCCAAUCCAAAUUUUUAUAAUAAAUUUCCCAACCAAUAUCAACCCAAAAUCCCUAAUCCAAUCUAAUCAAAUCUUAAAUUAUAUUAAAAAAAAUCCAAUCUUUAUCUUCCAAAAUUACAAAACCCUAAUCUUGGAAUCAACCCACAACCCAAAACCAUGACAAGAAGGUGUUCUCAUUGUAGUAACAAUGGGCACAAUUCAAGAACAUGUCCUAACCGUGGUGUUAAGUUAUUUGGGGUCCGAAUUACUGAUGGGUCGAUCCGAAAAAGUGCUAGUAUGGGUAAUUUAACCCAUUAUAAUGGAUCCGGAAGUACUAGUAGUAAUUUCUUAAAUGGGUUAUCUGGUGGUGGUGGUGGUACGGAUCUUGAUUCACCUGGUGAUACUCCUGAUCAUAACGCUGCUGCUGAUGGAUAUGGGUCUGAAGAUUUUGUUGCCGGGUCGGGUUCUAGCCGUGAAAGAAAGAAAGGUGUUCCAUGGACAGAGGAAGAACAUAGGAUGUUUCUAUUAGGUCUGCAAAAGCUUGGAAAAGGCGAUUGGCGUGGAAUAGCAAGAAACUAUGUGAUCACAAGAACACCAACUCAAGUUGCAAGCCAUGCCCAAAAGUAUUUCAUCAGACAAAGCAAUAUUUCUAGAAGAAAAAGACGGUCUAGCCUCUUCGAUAUUGUAGCUGAAGAUUCUCCAGACACACAGAUGAUCCCCCCCAAUGAUUACCCUGCUGGGAACCCGUCACAACCAGAGGCUCAAUCCGUCAAAAACCCAUUGACCAUACCAACUCUAGAGGAAGAAGAAUGCGAGUCAAUGGAUUCUGCGAAUUCAAAUACUGCUGACCUUCCCCUUGACACGACACAUGCACCUCUAAAUCUUGAAAAUUCUCAAUGCUUGUAUCCAGUUAUGUUUCCAGCAUACGUGUCUCCACUAAUACCAGUUGCUAUCCCGUAUUGGCCUGGACCAGGGUCUGGUCAAGAUCAGUCUACAUCAGUCAAAACAGAGAGUCAUGAGGUUCUUAAGCCAACAGCUGUUCAUUCAAAAAGCCCGAUUAAUGUGGAUGAUCUUGUUGGUAUGUCUAAGUUGACAUUAGGUGAAUCGAUUGGAGAUGGUGCAAUGACUUCACUGAAACUAGUUGGAGGUGGGUUGAGCCGACAAUCUGCAUUCCAUGAAAACAAUCCUGGUCCUAGAACUUCGAACAUGGAUAAUAAUCACAAUCCUAUUCAUGCACUAUAGAAUGGUUAAAUGGAAAUCAGUAUCUUUUGUUUCUUAAUUAUCUUGUAGGAUGUAGCUAUGCUUGUAAGCUCGCACCAGAUCGAAGAUCUAUCUGUAUACAUGACAAUAAUUUUCACCUUGUUGUGUGAAUAUCUUUUUUGCUUUGA